GUAGCUAUAUCCUCCAUGGUAGGAAGUAUAUAUGGUUUCGACAAUGGUGCACCUGCAAAAGCGUGUGUUACUCAGAUGCCGGGGCACAGUGUAGCAGCGCAGACAACUCCUAAUCCAUAUACCAUCGUUGUAUCGGCCACGACAUAUAACUACAGCAACCCCCAGCCUAUAACUGUAACUGGUACAUUCAAAGGAUUGUUGCUUCAAGCUAGAAGUACUGGUAGUUCAACCGCCCCAAUUGGAAUGUUCAGUUCUCCGCCAGCUGAUACCAAAGUGUUCAACUGUACCACUACUGCCGAUUCGUGGACCCACGCUAAUACCAAUGACAAAACUGGCACAACAAUCAUUACCUGGACUCCACCAUCUAUCAAUGCUGGGGACAUCGUCUUUCAGGCGACUGUUGCCCAGGAAAAGGAUACAUUCUGGAUGAAUACCCGCAGUCUUGAAGUGAAAGCUGAUGGU